CCCUUUAAGCGGGCAGCUGUCGUCACAGCAGGAUGACUCGUAUAUUUUGCGACAGGACGUUGCAGGCACCGGCUCUCCGUCCGUCCGCCCGUCGCUGCCUGAUCAUCAUCGGCUCUUAUUAAAACCGAGGAUCAAAUGUCGCGUGUUUAUAUCACCGGCCAAGUGUUAUAUAUAAUGUGAUACAAUGCUCCUGUCGUCCGAGAAUCAAACACCAGCUUCUUUGGUGAGGAGGAAGACGCCGUAGUGUUGUGCAUGACCUUGUUGCAUCGGAAGGAGAAACCCCUUUGCUGACUGGAGUUCACAGCAGACCGACCCCACCAGCAGCAGCAGCAGCUACAUCUCACUCCUCGGGGCUCCUGCAAGAGCCACUUUUUGCCCCACAACCAAAUGACGUUAACUGCCUCCACAGAAGCAGCACACACACGGGACUCCCCCCCGUAACUCCUGUGCACUGUGCUGGGCUCCGGUAGCCCACCCAUGCCUGUGAUCCCCAUCCCACGGCGGGUGCGCAGCUUCCAUGGCCCCCACACCACCUGCAUGCACUCGGCCUGUGGGUCGACGCACGCUUCCAAGCUAGUGCGCACCAAGUACAAUAACUUUGACCUGUACCUGCGCUCGCGGUGCAUGUACAGCUUCCUCCGUUUCCUCCUCUACUUUGGCUGCAGUCUGCUGACCUCCCUGCUCUGGGUAGCGCUCUCCGCUCUCUUCUUCUUGCAGUACGUCAGCGUGCGAGUACUCCUGCGGCUCCAGUACAAGCUGUCAGUAAUCCUGUUGUUGUUGGGGCACAGGCGCCUGGACUUUGGGGUGCUCAAUGACCUGAUCAUCUACAGCAUGCAGAUCACCAUGUUUCUGGUUGGGGGGCUCGGCUGGUGCUUCAUGGUGUUCGUGGACAUGUAGCUGCGAUGUGAGCGGCGUUAGGGGGGGAAACGUGGUGUAUGAUGUGGAUGCUUCACACUGUAACUUCAGCAUUGUGUGUUGUUAUGGAACGACAUAAAACACCCUUUGACAUCAACUAAAAAUCUUAUUGGUUUAGUUUCAGAUAUGAUAGAAUCCAAUAAGAAUCUGUGCAACAAAAAUAUGUGUGUGUACGGUCCUUUUUUAAAAAAGAUGUUCAUGUAUAAGGAGAACCACCUGGUUGCUGAAAAGUCCAAAUGAUGCAUGAAGUGUGAAGUCUGAUAACGAGAAUCGAGGUUUGAGUCAUCAGGACUCUCCGUUUUCACAAAUCUUAAAAGGGCAUCUUGACUGGAAACUCAUUUGUUUACAAUAAUGGAAAAUGUGAAUGUCAGUGUUGCAUGAAAAAAAAAAAAA